AUGCCCCCAACGCUACAUCCUCACCUGAAGCGAGGGCUAGACUUCGACAACUUUUACGUCAAUCCCGAAGAUGUCAUGGAAGAACUACCGGCAGACUAUCAGGGCGCAAAGGAACAGGCGGCUAAGCGGAGGAGGGUGGAGAUAAUCGCAUCACAAUAUCUACGAGGCAAACCACCCGUCAUAUUAUCAGCGGGCCUGAGAGGACCUUUCAGGAACGGCUGGAAGAACCCCUGGGCGAACAAAUCUCGGACAGUGACAGCGUCGUCGGUUGAGAACAGUAAUACGCUGGAUCAAAGAAGCAGACGUAGUCGGAGGAAUGCGACCCAAGGUAUAAGCACUACGACAGCGAGAAACAGUAGACAGAAAGAAGCUGGCGCAGCAUAUAAGGCACUACAGAGUGCGUCACCAGAAGCAUCCAGAGCUGCUGAGGAUUAUCUCAAUCUCGAGGCUCACCAAAGGGACGACAGCCUCGACGAGGUGGAAGUCCCUCCAGCUACAGCACCUUUGUCAGAAGGGGACGAUGUGUCCGGUUCUGCCGAGGUUUUCAGUACACACAAUGAAAGACGCAUACAGAACCGAUCCCCUCCGACGAAUCCGUUUUGGCUACGACGCCCUGGGUCCAAAAGGAAGGUCGCCAUGAACCAACCAUCAAACAACGACACCCAGUUGUCGCCCACACGUUCGCGCUCACGGAACGGGCAUUCACAGCUAGAUGAACUCCAGCUUGCUCUACCAAGGGCCCCUCUACACGGUCAAGGCCCCAUGACCAGGGAAGCCGUGCUAGAAGAGUGUAGAUCCAGUGCCUCGGCAUCCAUGGUCAUUUCAUCACCUGCGAAAGCCACAAAUCCAACGCCAAAUAGAAGAAAUGAUAUGCCAAUUGUGAUCGGCGAUCCAGUGCGGCCUACAAAGGACGUGCUGAAGAGUGCGGCAAACCUGGAAGAUUCCUUUCGCCCCACUUCAAAUCGGCUUGUAACGCCAAAUGGCCAAGAUGCUGAUAGCAGUGUUCGUGAACCCCAUAAUGCUGAUGGAGAUCAAUAUUCGCAGGGGACGUUCACUACAAGGACGUCAUUGGCAGGCCAUUCAAAGUCGAAAACGGACUCUGCGGGCGCGGAAACCCCUCGUGCAACUGGCCACCAGAUCCCGCAGCAGUCAAGCCGCAGGAGUGUACAAGAAAAGUCACAGCGAAGAGCACUGCACCACGAUCUCGUGGCUUCACCAGCUCUAGGUUCAUCGGUUGGAUUUAUCUACCGGAAGGUGGAGAAUUCGAAACGAAAUAGUGAGAACGCUCAAACUUCGCCAGCGAGUAUCUUCAGCUUCACUUCUUCGCCUGUUAUUCGAAAGGACGAGCAAAGUCCCGAGAGGACAAGACUUACUCCAGAAUCUGGGCCAUGUGCCAAGGACACUCAUCAGACAAACAUUUCGGAUGCUAAAGGAGCAUCUGUGCUGCAAUCUGGGGAUCUAGAAGUUCAAGCAAAAGGCAACGAUUUUCAGGAGGGGCAGCAAGACCCAAUAUCUAGUCGUUCCAGCAGGAACUCAGCAUUUUCAACACAAGCCGCCAUGCGGCUCGCCCACAUUGACUUCCAAGAAAGCACCUUCCCUACCAUGUCUUCAGACAUGCCUCAACCUUGGACCCAACCGCAGAACGAUAGCCCACGGCCGAUGUUGCCCGAACCCAGUCCAGCCAUGACGCCUCUCUCUGUAUUCAGCGCUCAUUUAGACAAGUCUCUUGCGAAAGAAAGCGUGCUGCGAGGGGCAACGAUGAACACGCAAGAUCUAUUUGCUGCAGCCUCUCCGUUCGCUUUCAGUACAGCCAAGAAAAGGCCCGAAUUACCCCAGCAAAGCAGUCUGAGGUUUGCUCUGCUCCAGAAGCAUGAAGAGCAACCGGGAACUAACAACACGCCCGCAAAAAGCCCCACUCCGUCUGCUGGCCGCCGGACUCCACUGAAGGCUAAGAACACGACUCACACGAGCUUCUGGAGUUUUGUCACCGAGAAGGCGUCGCAGGAGUCCUUGAUGGAUAGAUCAAGACGCUCCGUCGGUGACGUUGAAUUACCUCAAUUAGACUUGAAUACGUCAUUAGAUGAUUUUGGUCCCAGUGACGGACUACACUUCACGGAUCGGUUUCUGCGUGAUUUGGAUGAUUCGCGAAUAUCACCCUAG